AUGCCUGUCGUCGAUCAAACCGAAAAGGACGUAGUAGACAUGGCAGCAUCAUCCUGCUGCAGUGACGAUGAUUCCUCUUUUUGCAGCAUGGACGCCUCUUGUUCUGAUGAUUCGUCUUUUUCCUUUGACUCGGUUUCGGAUGAGGACAUGUCAAUAGCUUCCAUCGCGAAUGAUGACGCUGAUGACGACGCCGACGGCUUGGCAAAGAUUGAGCUACCUCAAAUAAUUGAAGCAUUAUCCUCCAACAGACUCGACUUUACGGUUCUGGACCUGUGUGUUCCGAUUGAGAAAGAGGAAGAGGUUUCAGAUCUCUUGCAGGCUAUCCGAUCGAACACAACAGUCACAACGUGUUCCAUCGGAAGUGGCUUCUUCGACAGUUUGUCAGAGAGAUGGCGGCGAGAACUGGCCGAUUCCAUUUGUUCUCAUUCCGGUCUCAAGAGCCUGAGUAUGGACCACAGCUUUCCAGAGUUUCUGUACUAUUUCAAUUGCUGUCGUUGCUGGAAACGGGAUCAGUAUUAUCGACAGCAUCAGCGGUACUGGGAGUUCCAGAACCAAAGCAUUCAAGAGAUUAGGAUUCGGGACAUGCCGGCUGAUAUCGCUGAGCUUCCUUUGGGUCGAAUUGUCAUGAUGACGCUCUGCAAUUUUGUCUCUCUGGAGCGCCUGGAAAUCACCUGGGCGGAUGAGUUCACACGUGAUAUGGCAGUGUUGAUGAGGGUGGCGUGA